UCUGAGCUGAUUCAUAGCUUCAGCAAUGUGAGCAAUACUUACAAUAAACAGUCAAAACUAGUACAAACAGGGACGUUGGAGAACGCGUGGUGACAGCAGAGUCUGUUUAGUGAACCGGUUCUUAGAAACGAACCGUUCAAAAGAACCGAUUCGCGGAAAUCAGUCGGACUUCCCAACCCUGUCUGACUGCUCCCAUAAGCCCUAUAUAUUACUAGCGAAACAAGCUUUACCUUCAGUGAACGCAGGGAAGAGGCGCGAUUGGCUGAGAACAGCAUCGCUCAGACACAAAACCGAGGAUCAAGCCUGACCAUCCGGACUACAGCAGAUCAAACUCACACGGACAUCCUCGCACACUCUGUACAGGGACUGUGGUAACUGCUGCUUGAGCGUCUAUCUCUGUAAAUGUGAAUUUGGGCUUUUCUUUUUGAGUAUAGAAAAGUGACAUCUUGUUUAAGUUUCCCCUUUCUUUUUCUCGCUGUUUGCCUUAUUUUGGGGGUCCGUGUGAUGCUCUCUCUCUCUCUCAAGAGACAAGAGUUUGGAAACGCAUUCAGCACUGAUAUACUGCACCUAGAUCAGCUAACACUCCCGUACCUCCAGCAUGGAUCGCUGUCAACGACUGUUUAUCCUCCUUUUGGGAUGGGGUUAUCUGUUUUGUGGAUACUGUGCUGUGCUUAAAACACCCUUCAUGGGUUUCUCAAAAGACAUGCAGUUUGGACAAAAAGUGGAAGCGCAAGAUAAGCAACAUGUAAAGAAAGCCGAGCAGGACACGCUGUCAGAACACAUGCAGAUGCUCUACGCCAAAUUCACCAGCGCGGGAUUCCCUCUCAAAGAUGGGAACACUGUCCGCAGCUUCAAAGGACAUUUGGGGACUAUCAACAAUAAGCAGUUACAGAUCUUCAACCUCACUUCCCUCACUAAGUCUGAGGACGUUCUCUCAGCAACGUUGCACUACUACAUUGGUGACCUGCAGAACAGCAGCCACAGAUGCACAAGGCACAAGAGCUGUGCUCACCAUAACCUCAGGAGGCAAGGUCAUAUUCACCUAGAUGUCUGGAGCUUCAGCUUGGUGGAUAACACCAUCAGAACAGUCGGCCAUUUCUCCAUUAACAUCUCCACAAUGUACCAGGACUUCAUAUCAUGGCAGUGGAAAGACAUUACUCGUGUAGUCAACCAAGCUAAGCAACACAACCAGCUUCUCAUAGGCAUUGACACCGACUCAAAAGGAAGUCAACCUUGGAAGAAACUCUUGUCUGAUAGUUCUCCUUACAUUUUGGUCUACGCAAAUGACUCGGCUAUCUCAGAGCCUGAGAGUGUAGUGUCCACCCUGCAGAGACACAAAAGCAGACUAGUGCCAAAUCUUCAUAUGCUCGAAAUACAUAAUCGCAGUGCCUCCUCACAACAUCGGACCAAGAGGUCUGCCAACAUCCUGCUGCCGCUACAGAACAAUGAGCUUCCAGGCCCAGAGUACCCUUAUGAGAUACCUACAUGGGACGAGACCAGCCCUUAUGAUCCAAUGGAGAGUAAACCAGUCAAGCGCCCUCGCAAGAAGCCUCGCAAAAAUCCACGACAUAAGAACCCUCUUCUGCAGUUUGAUGAGCAGACCAUUAAGAAAGCACGUAAAAAGCAAUGGAACGAGCCAAAGAACUGUGCUCGCAGAUAUUUAAAGGUUGAUUUUGCAGAUAUCGGCUGGAGCGAGUGGAUUAUCUCCCCCAAGUCUUUUGAUGCGUACUACUGCUCGGGGUCAUGUCAGUUCCCCAUGCCAAAGUCUCUGAAACCAUCAAACCACGCUACCAUUCAGAGCAUCGUGCGUGCAGUGGGGGUGGUCCCGGGCAUCCCAGAGCCCUGCUGUGUACCAGAGAAGAUGUCUUCCCUCAGCAUCCUCUUCUUUGAUGAAGACAAGAAUGUGGUCCUCAAGGUCUACCCAAACAUGACAGUGGACUCCUGUGCCUGUCGGUAAACACUUUGGUCUUUUCUUCCAGCCUCCCUCCCUCAAACUGAUUCCAAAUUUUUGCACUGGAAGAAAGACUGAAGAUGUUCAUUUCAUAACCCUUGAAUAACUAUCUCCAGCUUUAAGGAUUGUGAAGAGCAAAGUGCUUUUCCAGAAGGAAUUCAUUACUGUUAGCAGGAGGCAUCAAGCAUCAGUAGAGAUAUGAGCAUAUGAAUAGACUGUCUGUCAGUGUUUGACCAGGAUGUUCUCAUGUUUCUAUAACCUCAGCAGUUAAGCAUACAGGGGACAAACAUUUGCUGUCAUCCAUAUUUUUUCUGUACAAUUUGUAUAAUCUGUCAUUAUUAUAGCUAUAUUUUUGCUACGGAGGCAUUGAUUGACUCUCAUUGUUCAUAUUCUAUGGCUGCUAUACCGAGGUAGACUUUACUCCAGAGCCGAAAUAUACUGAAAACUGGACUUUUGGAAAAAAGGAAAAGAAAAGGAAUCUCUUUUUGUUAUGUCUGUCAAAAAAUGAAUUUAUAUGAAAAUGAUUGCCUAUAUAAGUUACAUAUUCAGUUUUCCACAUUAAGCUUAAAACAGUGUUUUAUUUCUGGUUGAUUCUGUAUUGAAUGUCUUUAAUCGUCAGGAAAUAUAUAU